AUGAAGAUCCGGCUCUGGGGAAUGACGCAGUACAGGCGGAUCGUCUACCUGGACGCGGACGUGCUGGUGCAGCGGCCCGUCGACGAGCUGUUCGCUCUGCCGGACGAGGUCAGCUUCGCAGCCCCAGUGCACAGCAGCGCUCGCGGGGCGCAGGUCUCGGUCGGCGUGAUGUCGCUCCGGCCCGACAGGGCGGUCUACGCUGCGUUCGUGGCCUACCUGGAGCGCACCGCGCCCGCACUGCAGACGAAGGUGCGCUCGCUGGACCAGCUCCUCCAGCACACCUUCUUGGCGAGCCACUUCCAGUACGCGUGGUGGGACGCCGCCACGGGGGCCUUCGCGGGCUGCGACCCAGAGGCCCCCGCCGCGCUUUUCCGCAGCGAGGACCUGCGCGUGGGCGCUGGGGAGGGGGCAGCGCCCGCGCCGCUGGGCACGGUGUGCGUGCUCCCGCCGCGCUUCGACUUCUGCGUGACCUACCCCGGCUUGGUCGACGCGGAGGGCAGCGAGGAGAGCCAGCACGAGCUGGCCGCCCAGUUCGCGGAGCCCCUCGGCAGCGACGUGGCGGCAGGCAUGGAGUGGCACGACGGACUGGAGGCCAACGUGCUGCACUGGACUGGGCCGCGCCGGAAGCCCUGGUUGCAUUGGCUGCCGCUGGCGCGAACGCCCUUCGACGACCUCUGGUGGGACGCCCACGAGCAGCUGUGCCGACCUGGUGCCGGCGGCGUGCAGGACGAGGGCGGCGCUGCGGUUGGAGGGGGCCCCGCGGGCUCGCUCAGAGUGCGGCUGGCCCACCUGGCGCUGGCGGCGCUGGUGGCGGCGGCUGCGGGCGGCCUCUGGGGACUGGAGCUAGCCGUGGGCGAGUCGUCCCACGUCGCCCCCGCCGCGGCGGCGGCUCCGCCCGGCCCGACCUGCCCGGCGCCGCUGGAGUGGGGCUGCCCUGAGUGCCCCGAGGUGCCCGCCUGCCCACAGUGCCCGAGCUGCCCGGAGCCUCCGGCGGCCGAGUCGGGCGUGCUGGCGCAGGUGGGCGUGCACCUGUUAGCAGGUGGGUUCUGGCGCGCGGCGGCCUGGGUGCAGGAGCGGGCCAGGCAGACGAUCGGGGUGCAGUCUCGAGGCGACGGAGUUGACCAUGAGCGGCUGUUGCUGCACCCGUGCUCGGCGAACAGGGAUCGCUGGUACAUAAUCGCCCCGACUUUGAUGAGUACGUUGAGCCAUGACGAGAUGGUGGACAUGCUCAAGCGGGGUUACCGCACUGCCGUGGAGCUCGACGCCGAGCACCCGCUGGCUGGCUUCGGCUGGUACGCGAUGGGCCACGGCGGCGAGCUCUCUCCCAGCGACGAUGCGCCGGGCCUGGAGACUGACGAGGCGACCGCGAAGAAGGACAGCGAGCCCGCCGCGGACAUCCGCACCGAUACCCUCCCCGACACGCCCCUGGAGGGGCCCGGCGCGACGCAUUUCCUGGCCGAGCACUUCGACCGUUACGGUGGCGACCCUAGGCAGUGGUUCCUCACGUGGCUGAGGGGGCGCACGAUCGACGGGCCCGAUCGGACGUACCACGACAUGACAGUCAGCCUCGCCCUCCAGUCUCUCGCGACCCGACGGGCCAAGGAUCGGGCCGACGUCAUCGCGGCAUUCGGCCAGGGCGGCGGCGGCCGCGGUCCUCGCGGCAGUCCCACUACGGCCGCGGACGGCGCCAAGGCGGGCGACUUUGCCAGCGGCAGCGGGGGCUCAGGCCCCGUGCGCGGCUGGUCCCUGUGCGAGCUGGAGACCGGCUUCGCGAACCUCGCGGCCUUCGACACUGGCUUCGCGCCCCUGCCGGGCUACGCCUCCGGCGCCGGGGAGGCCUUCGCGAACGUUGGGAUCGGCGACGGCGGCCUCGAGGGCCUACAGGGCCUGGAGCUCUACCUGGGCAUGGCGGACGUGGAGGACUGCUUCCACCGCCUCGAGGCCCCUGCGUGGCUCGGGCCCUUCUUCGCCUGCCCGGAGGUGCCCGCGCGGGCGCCGGGGCUGGCCGAGAUGGAAGGAGUCCAGCCUAGUCCCGCCGGCGCGCGCGGGCGGGAGCUGCACGGGGGCGAGGCGUUGCGCGAGGUCUCUUCGGUUGGCCGCGCUUUUGAGGGGAGCCGGUUUCAGCUCACGGGCCACAGCGCCCGCGAGCUGGCCCUGAGCGCGGCCGGCCUGGCCAGGGGCCCUCGGUCCGACGUCUGGGAAUAUCCGAGUGGCGAAGCCGACGAGUUCGUUGCGGUGCGCGAUUUUACCGAGGUUCCUGCGGGGCUCCUUAACGAAAGCCUCUGGAUCCCUCGCGUGCGGGGCGCCUGGGAGUUAUCUGAAAGCAUCCUGAUCCUCGAGGCUGCGCUGGAGCGGAGCACGAGGGCGCUGGCCCGGACGGGCGCCGCAGGAGCGCGGGCGGGGCCGCGGCCAGCGCCGCGGGACACGGCCGCAGUCAGCUCGAGCGGAAGCUCCUCGUCCGAGCCCAAGCCCAGCGCCGUCGGCGGAAGGGCCCGCGUGCUGGCGCGGAGGUCCCGGCAGCGGUUGGCGAAGCACUGGGGCAUCGAGAGGGGUGGCCUCCGUCUGCUGGAGGCGAGGCGCUUCCGGGACUUCGAGGCCGUCGCCAAGGAGCUCGACCCAGCGGUCGCGGGCGACGACCUGGACGGCUGGCUCGCGAAGUUCUUCAACGACAGCUGCCUCCAGAGGCGGCAGCCGGGCCUGCGGGGGGAAGCGUGGGGGGCGAUGGCCGCCGACAUCUGCCCGCGGGGGCGCGGGCCGACGGCCGCGGCGAUCCUGCCGGGCGCGGGGGCCUACCUCAGACCGCGCGAGCUGACGGGGGCGCGGCCAGUCUGGGCGUUCGCGCGCCCCGAGCUGGUGGGGCAGUUCAAGGAGACCUGCGGCCAGCUCAACAUCCCCGCGGUGCCGUGCAUGAUGAGACGCAGCGGGCCCGGCAUCGACAGGGCCCAGCAGUUUCGGCCACUAGGCGAGGCGCGAAAGAGAGGGCGCCGGGCGCGCCACAAGUCGGUGGUCAGGUACGAGCAGGCGGCGAGGCUCAGCGAGGCGCGGCACGACCUGCCGCUGGCGACCCAGAACCGGUGCGAGGUGCUCGACGCACGCCUCGCGGAGCUGCAGCUGCGGGGCGCGGGCCGUGCAGCUGGCGGCGCGGGGUCCGGGAAGGCCCCGCAGGCGACCUCGCCCACCAGCCCGUGUUUCGUUGCAUCCGCCAGGAUGUCAGUGCAGGUGGCCGAGUGCCGCGUGCUGGCCUUGGAGGCGGACAGCACGAGGCCCGCGUCGAUCAAGAUGGCCACGACCAGCGCCGCAGGCGAGAUCGUCCGAGAGAAGGUGCACGACAUCAACGGCACGAAGAUUCGUGUCGGCAGGAAUCUCGAGCACGUCCCGGUGCCCAAGGGCGCGGGCAAGAAGCAGGGGGCGCCUGUCAGCACCCAGGAACCAGAGGUAGAGCCUGGAAAGUAUGUCCUCAUGGAACUGGCCGGGGACGUCGUGGAGCAGGACAUCUGGGACUAUUUCGGCGUGCUGGGCACCAUUAAAGAGGUCACCGUUCAGCAGAACGAGCUCACAGCCACGGUGGCCUUCACCGAGUCCGACGACGAUAUCAAGAAGUUCAUGCUGGAGCAGACGCACGAGAUCAAGGGGAAGGCGGCGACGGUCCAGGAGUUCCGGAAGCGGAAGGGCAAGGGGGAGUUCGAAAAGGGCAGCAAGGCGCUCAAGGGCGGCUGGGGCUUUGGCGGCAAGGACGGCGGCCAGUCGGUCGGCGACGGCGGGUGGGGCAAAGGCGGCUGGGGCAAGGACGGCUUCGGCGGCGGCCCGGCCUCUGGCGGCAAGGAGGCAUGGGCCGACCCCGUCCUCGCCGUGGCGAAGGGCGGCUGCGCCGGACAGACGCUCGCCUGGUCCUCCGACGGCUGCGGCAAGAUGGGCGGCAUGGUGCCCGGCGGCGGCAAACGUGGAUUCGGCGAUGGCGCUGCGGGCGCGGAGCCCGCGGCCAAGUUCCAGAAAGGGGAGUACGGGAAGAAGGGGAAGAGCUUCGAGGCCGCCAUGGGCUUCGGCUUCGAGUCCGCCGCCAAGGGCGGCGGCGGCGACGGCGGGACAUCCAAGGGCGCCUACGGCUCGUUCGCCGCGCCAG